CGCAGUGUUGCAUGAAAAUCGCCAUAUCAUUUAAUUGAAGUACGCCCAUCUUAUUAAUGAUAAUUUCCACCAAUUUGUUUGAAGUCAAAUUAUACCUUGAAGGUCAAACAACCGUUACAUAUUUUCGUAUAAAAACAAAUAGCCGAUUAGAAUAAAGCUAGUUCCUAGUAAGUCUACUUUAAGCACUUACCUAAACUAAGAAGAGAGCAAAGUGAGCAACAUGUUCGAUGAUCUUCAACUGAUCCAUAUGAGUGUGCGAAUCUUACGUUUCUGGUCACUGAUCUAUGAGCACACCUGGCGACGUUAUGUUUGUCUGUCGAUGACGACGUUUUUGGUUUUCACACAGCUCUACUAUAUGUUCCGCACCAGUGAAGGCAUCGUCUCCAUAAUAAGGAAUUCUUACAUGUUGGUUUUAUGGUUCAACACCAUACUUCGGGCUUACCUUUUGCUGUACGAUCGCGAAAAGUACGAAAAGUUGCUGAGCGAUUUGGAGAAGUUUAACUUUGACUUGAAGCAAUCAAAGGAUUUUUAUAUACAAGACCUGCUGGCAGAAGUCAACAAGACCGGAAAAUACAUGGCACAAGGCAAUCUCUUUCUGGGGCUGCUCACUUGCUUUGGUUUUGGUUUCUAUCCGUUCUUUGUCAACGAAAGAGUUUUGCCCUUCGGCAGCAUGAUUCCGGGCGUGGACGAAUACAAAAGUCCAUUCUACGAGUUCUGGUAUUUCUAUCAAAUGAUAAUUACGCCCAUGGGCUGUUGCAUGUACAUUCCCUACACAAGUUUGAUCGUCGGUUGUAUCAUGUUCGGCAUUGUGAUGUGCAAGGCCUUACAGUUUCGGCUGAAGACGUUGCACCGCGUGAGGCACGAUGAACCGCUCAUUCGCAAGCAUGUUAGAGAGUGCAUACGCUAUCAACUGUGCAUUAUAGAUUACAUCGCACGCGUAAACUCAUUGACGACUUAUAUCUUCCUCUUGGAAUUCCUCGCCUUCGGCACACUGUUGUGUGCUCUCCUAUUCCUGCUAAUCAUUGUCGACUCCUCAGCGCAGGCGAUUAUAGUUUGCGCCUACAUUGCCAUGAUAUUUGCACAGAUACUGUCACUGUAUUGGUAUGCGAACGAACUGCGCGAGCAGAAUCUUGCAAUCGCUGCUGCGGCCUACGACACAGAAUGGUUCACCUUUCCGAUACCAGUGCAAAAGUAUAUUCUCUUGAUGAUCUUGCGCGCUCAAAAGCCACCAGCGAUAAUGGUUGGCAAUACUCAGCCUAUUACUUUGGAGCUUUUCCAGUCCCUACUCAACGCCUCCUAUACUUACUUCACUUUGCUGAAACGUGUUUAUACUUAA